GUGCGCACCCCCAAAGGGGUCCUGGGAUCCUGGGGAAUGCUCCAGUGCAACCUUCAGUCAAAAGACUGCAAAAUCAUUAAAGAAGAAGAAGAGAGCACACCCACCCGCACGCCUUAUAUACGCGCGUCCACAGCCCACGACAGCACACCACGCCAUCCUAUGCCAUGUCGUCGCACCCAACCUGCCAUGGCAUGGCAUGGCGUGGCGUGGUGUGGCGCAUGCACUAAGUCACGCACGUGCACGCCGGUGGCUUGUCCCCUGGUACUCAACACCACGUCUGACUCUGGCACCCAUCAUGGCCUAAAGUUGCACUGGCAUCCUCGGUCCGGCCCGGUCACAUGGCGUCUUCGAUUGCGAUCCAGCUACCUACCUACCUAGCUAUGUGUUGCAAAUAGGUGAGCAAGCAAGCAAGUGCACAUGUCAAAAACGAACAAAAUUGAAGACUCUGCAGGCGCCGCCAAGCAAGGCGAAUAACUAUAUAGUAUACGUAGGUAUAUAAUCCGAUACCCCCAAAAGCAUCAUCAUACAUGAAAAGAGAGAGAAGAGCUAUCAAGCUACGAAGCCAUGAAGCCAAGCCAAGCCAAGC